CCUUCGUUGGCCAGUUCAGUACGAGGUAUAGAGUUAUCGCGAUGCCCCAGUUCAGAUGCAAAUGAUCAGCACCUUACUUCCAACCACUUCACCACCAUGGGGCUCACACGCGCAAUUGCCGUCUUCGCCAUAACGGUGUCGCUAUUCACCUUCGUGGCCUUCUUUGGCCGCUUACCAGCCUUCCGGAAUACACCGAUAGGAUUCUGUCACCGUCUUCUCGUCAUUCACGUCCCUUGGUCACUUCGCAGGCUAGAUGUUGCGCUUACCGGCGGCCGCAUUACUGGGGGUAGUUCUCGCCUGGGAUACUACCUCAUGAACGAAAAGCAUCCCGUAGUAAUGGUGUUCUUUCUCGGCCUGAUCACCGCCUCUGUGGUGCUGUUCGUGCCUGCCGUUUGGCAUCUGCUUCCGUUGGUCCACAAGUUUCUGGUGCCGCUCGUAGUGCCGCUGCCGUACCUGUUCACCUACCUAAGCGCGAAGAGAAACGCUCAAACUUACAUCACACCUUUCAAUCAUGCCGCCCAAAUGCGUCAUUAUCCCUACGACCGCAUACUUUACUACCCAGGGAACACCUGCCAAACAUGUAGGUUCCUUAAACCCGCCCGAAGCAAGCAUUGCAGCAUCUGCAAGACGUGUGUGGCUCGAUGUGACCACCAUUGCGUGUGGGUCAAUAACUGCUUGGGGAGGGGAAAUUAUCGGUGGUUCCUCGCCCUCCUGUUGUCCACGAGUAUCAUGUUGGCGUACGGUGCCUAUCUCGCGUACAUUACUCUCGCGCCGCAAGUCAACGACAACUACGCCAAGUACGAAAGAUGGUACCGGUACCGGCCGAGUCCUGGCGCGGAUGCUGCGAGCUGGGGCUCCAUGAUCGACCGGAAGUUCCAUUACUUCGCAACUUAUGCAGGCAUCUACAUCGAGGAAGGAGGGGUGAGCGCAGCUGGAGUCGGGCUGUUGGCUCUCCUCACCUGGCCGCUUCCGCUAGGACUUCUGGCUUAUCAGACUUACCUAGUAUAUGCUGGCAUGACCACUAAUGAGAGCAGCAAAUGGACGGAUUGGCGCGAUGACAUGCAAGAUGGUGUAGUCUUUCUUGCGAGACGCCGGGAGGACACAUUCCAGAGGUACCCCUCACAGCCCGCCAUAUAUCCCCUUUCGCACACAUCUUCUUCUUCCGCAACUCCUAUACACACGCCUCCCGAGACCCCACCAGAGGGCGAAGAGCCAUUGACAACGUGGCCGCUUGAGAGCCGGCACGUAUUGAUCCGCACCAUCAACGGGCAGCCACCCACCAAUCUACCGCCGCGCAUACAGUCCGUCGUUGCCAACAAGGAGAGUUUUGAGCGAGUGUGGGACCUCGCAGCAGUGGAAAACGUGUACGAUCUAGGCUUUUGGGACAAUCUGCUUGAUAUUCUUCGGAACUAG